UUCCCACACAUUUAGCUAUCCUGCCAGAAGCUCCUCUUUCCUUUUCCUUUCCUUCGGUUAUUCCAAAACUCUGUGUCGAUCUUCAAAAUCCCCUUUGCGAUUUCUUCUCGAAAGAGGAUUGUUAAUUACAAAAUCUUACGUCUUUUGCGUCUCAAAAAUUUUAGCCGAAAUCGUUUCAAUAAUAGAGAUUAAAGGAAAAUUAUAAUUAUGGCUCAAGCAGUUGAGGAAUGGUACAAGCAGAUGCCUAUUAUCACCCGCUCUUAUCUAACAGCAGCUAUUGUCACCACCAUCGGUUGUUCCCUCGAGAUAAUAUCUCCUCAUAAUUUGUACUUGCAUCCUACACUUGUUGUUAAGCAUUAUCAAUUCUGGCGUCUCAUCACCAAUUUCCUGUACUUCCGGAAAAUGGACCUGGACUUUUUGUUCCACAUGUUCUUUCUUGCUCGAUACUGCAAACUUCUUGAAGAGAACUCUUUCAGGGGGAGGACUGCAGAUUUCUUUUACAUGCUCUUAUUUGGUGCUACUGUUUUGACUGGCAUUGUUCUACUUGGGGGAAUGAUACCCUAUUUGUCAGAAUCAUUUGCAAAAAUCAUAUUCCUAAGCAAUUCAUUGACAUUCAUGAUGGUGUAUGUCUGGAGCAAGCAAAAUCCAUUUAUCCACAUGAGUUUCUUGGGCCUCUUUACUUUUACAGCAGCUUACCUACCAUGGGUUCUUUUGGGAUUCUCUGUCCUUGUUGGUGCUAGUGCUUGGGUGGAUCUACUGGGAAUGAUAGCUGGCCAUGCUUACUAUUUUCUUGAGGAUGUAUAUCCACGAAUGACUGGUCGUCGGCCCCUACGAACUCCAUCAUUUAUUAAAUCACUAUUUGCUGAUGAGGCAGUUGUAGUGGCCCGGCCUGCAAAUGUGAGAUUUGCUCCCCCACCUGCUGAGGAGGUGCAUCAAGAUUGAGCAAGACUCCUAGAAUCGUAGGCUGAUGAGCAGUAGCUUUUCGUUGCGAUGGUCAUCCCUUGCUAUUAGGGGGCGUAAAGUCUACUCAGUUCUUUGAUAUUAUCUGUCUUGACAUGUUUUUAUUUUAGAGGUUAACUAUGUAUAUGACAUUGCUACUACAGAAGCCAUGCAUAACUCGGAGACGAGUUUUUGUAAUUUACAUCAAGAAUGCAAGUUUAGCGAUUGGAGGGUGUUUUUGUGCA